AUGACGGGUGUGUUUGUAACGCAGGCAAACGACGACCAAAUUAUGCAUGGAAAGUUGGUCGAUUGGAGUGGCCAGGUAUUACAAAGUGAUGUGAUGCUUACCGAUGGUCCUCUCAACGACACUUUCAUAUCUAAAUCACUCGUAAAGGCUAACGUCGAUCCGACUAAGGAUUUUCUCGUAGCAACCGAGACUAUUGAUGAAGUUCAGUGGAAAAUUUUUAGUGCGCCUAAUAGCACGAAUCAAAUUACCCAACUGUACAACGGCACUAUCACGGGACAUAGUGACAACGACCUGUACGAUUUCUCAAUUUUUCCAACCACGGAAGGCGGUUAUGGCAUAGCUACUUUAGAAAGCAUAAUAUUCAAUUAUUACGAUCCACUCGCCUCUAAAGUAUUACAUUCUUUUCCACAAUGUGUUUUAUAUGUUAAAUUUUGGCAACCUGAUGCUUUACAAUUUGAUAGCCCUCAUUUAGUCUGGCAGAGCCCCAACCCAUGCACUGGAGCGCAAAUGAAUGGGUGCGAAGUGGCUGCUGAGGGAACGGGAUAUUUUUGUAUUAUAGGCAUUCCUAAUGAAACUAUACCUACCAGUCUUGGUAGUGAUUUCGUAAAGGUGACAUUCCUAUCUAGUGGCUCUGUAACUGAUGUCAACGUAAUAUUGUCUGAUACAGAGAAAACUGAAAAAAAUAUAUGGGGAAUACGGAGUCUGCCUUAUGGCGGAUUUCUGUUUAUAAAUUCGGUCAGAACUUUCGUUUCUCACAAUUAUACAUUUACAUGUAAUGUAACUGUCAAAGAUAAUAAUGGAACGACUAUAAUGGGCUUUUCAAUCAAUCCGGAAGCUUAUUUCGGUGAUUUUGCUAUAUUUCCGAACAACACCCUGUGGGUGGCGUUUCGGUGGCGGUCAGAGUUAGAUAUGGGUUAUGUACCGCUUCCCAAACUAUUGCCAGAAGAUGCUGGAUUCAACAAUCUUCUUGUAAAUUCAUCAAUUCCGCGAUUAGGCGCAUAUUUGUCUUCAGAUACUACGAAUAUUACACUGAUAUUCAGGGAUCAGGUUGCGCUUUCGACACAAAACAUUUCAGUUUACCAAGAGACUGACGGAAACCCUAUUCUCAGGCAGCGCUUCAAUGCGAAAUCGGAUUUUUGUUCUGUUACGUUAAAUGAUUCAGCUGUAACAUGUAAGAUAUUCAAAAGUACGUUUAACCAACCCGGUGCUACAUAUGAUGUCGUUGUGGAUAACAAUUUUGUAAUGAGUAAAAGUUUGAAACAACCACUUCCCGGCGUGACAAAAAAAAAUUGGAUGUACUAUGGAGCCUCAACUGAAGCUAAAGGAAAAUAUACAGAGACCACGACAGGUCUUUUAAGGUUGACACCUGAAGGAACAACUUUAUUUGAACAAUUAUCUACUAAUGAUAAGAACACUUUCUUAGACUCCAUGAUUACAAAGCUUGCCGAGCUCAUUCCCGUUGAUUCAUCACGUAUAAGCACCAACAGACGCAAUCAACCUGACCCUAAUGCACCGGACCGGAUAUUGUUUCCAGUCACUCUCAAACCAACCGAGGAUCUGUCGCAGAAAACAGUACAGCGGGUUAUUGAUGAUCUUGAUGAUUUAAUUAAAAACAAGGCUUAUAAUUCAUUCUCGCAGGAGUAUCCUACUCUUUAUCUUGAUGAAACUUAUGGAUUUUCACCUGUCGCCAAUUUGUGGGAAACUUACAAAUUUAAACUAAUUGGGUUGCUCGUUGGUCUCUUGAUAUUAUCAAUAAUAUACUUCUUCGCGAGACGGAAGUAUCCAGAGGGUCAAAGUUUUGUUGUCAUAAAGCUUGCAAUAAUACUCGCAGAUCUGAGUCUUGAUAUAGCAUUUGUACUUUCAAGUGCAAGGAACGUCCCGCAAUUACAUACGCCAAGUAUAGCUUUCUUAAUAGUUCCUAUUGUCUUCAAUUCUACUUUGGCAUUUUCAAUCUUAAUGACAGAACUAAGUAAAAAUACUAAAUUUCAAGAAUGGUUCAGUCAGAAUGUAAGAAUAACUUCAGUACUCACUCUGAUAGCAAGUGCUGACGUUGAAGCUAUCACAUUUCUCGGAUCCAAAUUUGCUGGUUGGCAGAUGUUCUCUGCACCUCUGUCAAAGACUGCAUUGAAUUACGUUUUCUGGGUUAGCACAUUGAAUCUGUUUAUCGAAGAUAUUCCCCAAUUGGUCAUUCAGAUUCUGUAUAGACAUCUAACAGUCUCAUAUGAUAUUAUUCCAUUCUUGUCAUUGGUAAUGAGCUCUAUCAUCUUAACUUCUAAUAUUAUCGGACAUGUCUAUGAUGGAUAUAUGAAAUGGAAAGAAAAGAAGCUCAACCACCACGCCAUACCGAAAGAUGAAAUAUGA